CUCAACACUUGUCUUUUCGUGUGAUACAUAAGUAUAUUCAUACGAACCGACGUUGGCAGUGCGCUGCAGGAGGCUAUUUACUGAGCUUUGUUUAGUUCAUUUAAAAAAUAAAAACCUUCAGAUAAAACAUCGCAUGUUUUUAUUAAUAAAUUUAUGACUCUGAAUCUUGUGUGAUGGUACGGUUAUAAAAGCAUGUGUUUUAAUGUCACAUGAAGUGUGUGUGUGUGAGAGAGAGCGCCGGGGCUUAUGGCAUGUAUCUAUAGAACGUUGUAGAGUGUGUUCAGUAGGGGAUUCUGAAAAUAGUUUUACCGCCAGUGUUAGUUUGAAGCAGGAGUCUGAUUCGCGAAGUCUUUUCACUUAACCAGUGCUCCACAGUCAAUCGCGUGUAGUCGUGGUUCGGAAGUGGAGUGCAAAGAGGAUUCAUCCAGUGUUAUCAAAAUGCUACGGAAUUGCAACAUUUUUAGCAAAUUUUGACACUUAUCGGGACAUUGGUGAUACAGCUUAUUAGGCCAGAGUGUUCUUUUUACACAGUCGCAACUCAUUUCAUAAACAAAACACUCCUGCAGACAUUCGAUGAUAUGAUACUGCGGUCGGUCCGAAGCUGUUCCUUUCCGCAGAGAAACAUAGCCACAUAUGAACAGAUAACUUGUAUACAAUGUAAUUCAAACUAGGUUAUUAUUUACAUAAAACUGCAUUGCGUGUAAGUGUUGGUGCAAACCAAUAAAUAAUUAUGAUACAGAAAGUGACGUCUGAAAGACCGUAUUGAUACUUGUGAAGUCUAACCCAGAAGUUAGUGCAGAAGUUUUGCAUUCUUUUGAAGAGUUAUUAUUCCUGCCCCUGGAUGUUAGACCACCCAUCGUGUCAACAUGCCAUUGGAUUUAAACUCAAUGAGGUGCCAAAGUCAGCAAGUUGUCGGAUAUUUUGGUGUCGCCGUUCGUUUCUUGGGUGUCAUUUGUUUCAUCUGUGGCGUCAAUACUGACGACGCAAAGGAAUUUCAAAAUAAUCUCCCGGCUCAUGUGGUCUGGGCUGUCAGUGGCACGAAUGCUGAGCUGCCGUGUGACGUCACACCACCAUCCCCAAAGGACAGGAUCAACAUGGUGCUCUGGUUCAAAGACUCUACAGGCAUUCCGCUGUACAGUCUGGAUGCUCGUGGCGGGAGCUUGGAGUCGGCGAAUCACUCGUUUAUUAGCAAUGACCUGGGAGCCAGGACUUACUUCCAGACGUCGGGAGUAUAUCCUGCACGCCUGCAGGUAAACAAUGUCGGCGUCCAAGAUGAAGGAGUGUUCCGUUGCCGAGUGGACUUCGUAGACUCCCCCACCAGGAACUUCCGCGUCAACCUCACCAUAGUAGUUCCGCCUUCAAAGCCAAAGAUUUAUGAUGAUAAAGGCAAAGAGGUAACUGGGGUGGCUGGUCCCUUUCUGGAGGAUUACGAUUUGGUUUUGUCCUGUCACGUGAUGGGAGGUCGGCCGCAGCCGCAAGUGACGUGGUGGCACAAGGGACAUCUGAUGGAUGACGAGUCUGAAACAACUUCUGAGAGCUACACAGUGAACAGAUUGUUCAUCAAGGGCGUUUCAAGGUCAUUGAUGAACGAAAGUCUUCAGUGCAGAGCCAGGUCAUCAGAUCUUUCUCCGCCUGUUAUAAGAGACGUCACCCUCGAAAUCUACCUGAAGCCCCGAAUUGUGCGAAUCACAAUGCCAGCGGCGCCACUGUCUGCCGGAAAGACACAUCAGCUGCAAUGCGAGACGACGGGCUCCCUGCCGCCUGCUAACAUCAUGUGGUUGCUCGACGGUGAGCCCCUCAGGAACGCCCCGACCUCGGUGACAGAGACUGCGAACAAGACGACCAGCGUCCUGUUGUUCAGGCCUCGCGCGGGGGAUGAUGGGAAGGAAAUGGCGUGUCGUGCGGAAAACAAACACUUUCUCGGGGGAAUGCUGGAAGACCGGACACGGCUUGAUGUCGCAUACCCGCCCUCGGUGAUGGUUCAGCUCGAGUCCAAUAUCGACCUGGGUACGGUCAAAGAAGGGGAUGAGGUGCUCUUGUCGUGUGAAGUGAGGGCCAACCCCCAGCCCGAAUCAAACGCGGUCACGUGGUACCACGGGGAGCAUCUGCUGGAUUACAACGAGUCCACAGGAGUUCUGCCGGAUGGACACAGGCUGACGUUGCGGGCAGUCAUGAAGGAGUCGGCUGGGGAGUAUUCGUGUGCCGCGGUGAACAGAGAAGGUGAAACUCGAAGCAGCUCUCUCUUCAUAAAGGUGCAGUAUGCUCCACAAUGUCGGGAAGGUUUGGCUUCUCGUCGCAUUGGUGCUAUUCGUCACGAAACUCUAGAAGUGAAAUGUGAGGUUACAGCAGAUCCUCGAGAUGACGUAAAGUUCAGCUGGACUUACAACAAAUCCCGUGACGUACUUCCAGUUCCCGGUUCUAGAGUCAUCCACUCGGGCCUGAUCAGUGUCCUUCGGUACACGCCAGAAUCUGAGGUCGAUUUUGGGACAUUGGCGUGCUGGGCAAGCAACAGCAUCGGCCGUCAGACCGUGCCAUGUCUGUUCCACAUAGUUCCAGCGAAAACGCCCCAGCCUCCAGAAGACUGCGUACUACGAAACCGCAGCAGCGGUGGGCUCGAGGUACGCUGUGUAGCUGGGUACGAUGGCGACCUGACCCAGCACUUCAUGCUAGAGAUAAGUGAGUCGCCCAUGCAGCCGGACGCAACACCCAUCUCGCAGAGGCAAGGCGGACAGGCCACAAUGAACGACCAGGGAACCCGGCAAUCGGCUCCAGGACCACCCAUAUACAGAGUGUUCGGUGCGGAACCCGUGUUCGCCCUGAGCGCCCUAGAACCAGGGAGAGACUACGAGCUUGCUGUGUAUGCCGUCAACGCAAAGGGGCGCAGUGAACCCCCAGUCAUCAUUCCAAGGGUCAGAGUGUCUACUUCCAUGGAGAGGCUAACCAAAACUGAUAUCGACGAAGAUGUCUCCGCUUCACAACAUCCAAUGGCCGUCGUAUUAGGAGUCCUUGUCGCAGCAGCCGGCCUGAUUCUGGUAGGCAUUUUCAUCACGGCGACGCUCGUUAUCUGCAGACGACGCUCAGCGACGUCACAGCUGCAGCAAGACGAGAGGGACGCCAUUAAACUUCGUCAGGAACAGCAUCCUAACAUCUACAGUGAGUCUACGGCGCCCGUAGAUCCUGUAACAGUGUUUUCUGUCCCCAGCUACGUGCCACGUGGAUGUUGUACUGACUCUGUGGCCAGAGUGAGGUUCAGGACGGAGUCCAUCGAUCUGCAAGAGAGGAGAAGUGUCUACCUGGAUGGCGGAGAGGAUAGUUUAGCUUUCAGCAAGAGAAAAAACAAAUCCACAAAUGAACCGGAUCUCCUCGUUUCAAGGGCUGAAGUUAUACUGAGUUCUUCGGCAUCUACACAAGCAAACACUUAGAGCAUUUUUUCCUGCAGGGCGAGCGGUUACACACAACUGCAUGCAGUGUGCAGUGGUGUAUACAGACAAAGUAAACAUUCGCACAAUUACCACUUACUAUUGCACUGUAACCUGAAGGGUAUCUGUCUACCUCAUUACGUGUCGGGUGUGAACAUACAUGAGUGAACUUACUAAGUGUAAAUAUGCUCUUAAUCAAUUGAAUUAUAGUGUUUACUCAACACUAACAGUGGAAAUGAGACUGUUGAGUGCUUUGCUGAAGCGUUGCUGAUGUCUGUUGAAGGUAAGAGAAUAAACAAUAAGUGAAUACUUCAUGUUAUCUGUACUGAAGUGCAAGAGGAACAACUAUCAAACAUAAAAGGUCUGUGAUCUCGAGUAAGUAGCCGUAUGGAGACCACACAUGACAAAUGUAAAUUUCAGUUUUAUUCUGUAAUUAUUUAAAAGUUAUGGACAUUGAAGCAUACAGGACGUUUCGGAUAAUAACAAAAGUCGCCUAAAAUGAAGAAACAGGGACUAAAGCUUCUUAAAUAAAGAAGCUUUGAGUUAAAUAGUGUCCGCAAAAUAUACACACGAAUGAUUAUCUAGAUUACUACAAUGAUUGCUACAAUUUUUAUUAAUUUCUUGAAAGUGAAUGUCUACAAAAUAUGCAUGUAUGAAACAAAUACAUUAACGCAUUCCAGAUUACAAACUGUAACAUGUUGCCUUGAAGAAGCAGCUUUCUCAUAAUUCACAUGUUAAUGGAACAACAUAUAAUAUAAGCCUUUUGUUUAAUUGAGGGCUUUCAAUCAUUCGAAAUCUUCGUUUGUUUACAAAUUUAUGAACGAUUAAUGUCAGUUUGUGUUUUCAUGAAUUGUUGUAACUUAGUUCCGUGUGAAUAUUAAAUGGUUAAUUUCAUAGUUA